CAGCAUCAGCACUCGAACCGCCGUUUCCCUUGCUUCCAAGAGUACACGGGCGAUCCGGUGAGCAGAAGGCCUAAGAAGCCAAGCACCAGAGGUUUCUGCCUAGGAGGCACAGGAUGAAACUCGUGGGCUGUUGGCCCCGCCCCACUUUGAAGCUCCGCCCAGGCCAAGAAGCGCAGGGGCGGGGGGUGGUUUCCAUGGUGACGACAAACAAGGCCCAUACUGGAGGGGGCCGCUGCUGGGCUGCUGCUCCUGCUGCCGCCAUGAUUCCCCCCGCAGACUCUUUGCUCAAGUACGACACCCCGGUGCUGGUGAGCAGGAACACGGAGAAACGGAGCCCCAAGGCUCGGGCACUGAAAGUCAGCCCCCAGCAGCCUGGACCCUCAGGUCCAGUCCCACAACCACCCAAGACCAAGCUCCCCGCAACUUCGUGUGUCCCAGAUCCUACAAAGCAGGCAGAAGAAAUCCUGAAUGCCAUCCUACCCCCGAGGGAGUGGGUGGAAGACACGCAGCUAUGGAUCCAGCAGGUGUCCAGCACCCCCAGCACCAGGAUGGAUGUGGUGCACCUCCAGGAACAGUUAGACUUAAAGCUGCAGCAGCGGCAGGCCAGGGAAACAGGCAUCUGCCCUGUCCGCAGGGAACUCUACUCACAGUGCUUUGAUGAGUUGAUCCGGGAGGUCACCAUCAACUGUGCGGAGAGGGGACUGCUGCUGCUGCGCGUCCGGGACGAGAUCCGCAUGACCAUCGCUGCCUACCAGACCUUGUACGAGAGCAGCGUGGCGUUUGGCAUGAGGAAAGCACUGCAGGCUGAGCAGGGGAAGGCAGACAUGGAGAGGAAAAUUGCAGAAUUGGAGACAGAAAAGAGAGACCUGGAGAGGCAAGUGAACGAGCAGAAGGCAAAAUGUGAAGCCACCGAGAAGCGGGAAAGCGAGAGGCGACAGGUGGAGGAGAAGAAGCACAAUGAGGAGAUCCAGUUCCUAAAGCGGACGAAUCAGCAGCUGAAGGCCCAACUGGAAGGCAUUAUUGCACCAAAGAAGUGAUAACUUCCACAUGGGUCUACCCCAUCAUAAGCCCUUUGUAAUAAAAAGCUAGUUUCCUGAGUGAACAAGCCAUACCCUCCCCUAACCACCUAGGUGUUUGUCAGAAGUCACACCAUUGCUCCAAUGUCAUGAAACACGGAAGGUCUGCAAGCCAGCCUCCUGGCUGGGCAAUGGAAGAUGGUGUGGUCCUGUUAGUCUCAGGGUGUGGCUUGCUAGCCAGUCUUGGGAUCUGCCAGCUCAGAUUCUAAGAAAGACACUGCUUUCUCAUCAUCAUUCUAUACCAACACUUAUUUCUGACUAGAUGAAGCUGCUGCUCUGCCCCUCAAACUUUUGGUUCACAGUUCAUCUUCUGCCUUGACCUGGGCUUCUGGCCUUAUUUAAUGUCUUUUUAUCGCUACUCUAAUGCAUUUCUAUUAACUCAUUUUGGAACUCUGGUUUUUCUGCUGUAUCGUAUUACCCCCACUUGCCAGUCAACUGGACCCCUUCCUCCUCAGUUUCAGACUGCCUAGAUUAGUAAAUGUUUGCCAGAAAGG